CAAGUCUUGGCAGUGUGCCUCAUAUGGUGUGACAGGACAAAACGAUUGUCCAUGACAUGGUUCAAUGGGAUCUUUAGUGAAAAUCUUCAUUAUCGUUUUCAAUAACGGUCUCGUCUGACCCGAAUUGAGUGAAUAUCUCUACUCUCUAUGACUCCAGAUCGUGCUUAUCUCGCUUGUGACGUUUUGGUUUUUUUAAAGACUUUUUCUGGAACCAAGAAUAAGGUUUAUGAGACACAUUUAUGUCUUGAGACUUGAUCCAUUGGAAUGAUUAUCUAAUCUAAUUCUUGAACCAAAAAGAAUUGAUAACGAUGGAAUUGUCUCUCUUUCUAUUGGACAUCUAUUGCUUUCACAAAGGGGAUUAUACUUAAAUGUGACUUAGUGUCUUCUGAGAAUUGACCAUAAGGAUGUGUGUGCAGAACUAAUAUUUCUGUAGGCGAACCCCAGGAUGAGAGAGCAAGAAAGCGAUGCCUGAGAAUGUAAAGAAACAACUGGAGAAUCGAGACCAGGCAUACAAGAAAACGGGGCGGGAAAGAGGUCUUCUGUUGGCAUAUCAUGACAUAGCUGCUACUCUGUUCAGCGGAGAUAAGUCUGACAAUCUGGAGGAACAGUUCUUGGCCGCUGCGAGGGAUGGUGAUUAUGACAAAGUUCAGCAUUUCCUCCAGCGGAGAACCAAUGAAUUUGUUAACAUCGACGGCAAGGAUAAAGGCACAGGGAAUUCAGCUCUGAUAUGGGCUGUCAAGAGGGGUCACCUCAGGAUAGUACAGCUGCUUCUCAAACAUGGUGCAGACGUCACUCUCCGCAACUAUGAUAGUAAGACGGCAGUGGAGCUGGCAUCUCCAGCGAUACGACAAGUCCUACUGGAGUCGGUGGAACGGAGUGGAUGCACCCAUCGUCAUCUGCUACAGGCGGGAUGGCAGGGGAACUUUGAAGUGGUCAGGAAACUGCUGGAAACUAAGACGUUAGAUAUCAACUGUCGCAAUGCUGAUGGGUUUUCACCGAUACACCUUGUGGUUCGCGAUUGUCAUCUUUUUGAGAAGCUGUCUGCUCAACUAAAGAAGAACUACAACCCUUGUUCUGUUCUCAAAGAACUGCUGGAAUACAGAGCUGACGUGCAUGCCAAUGACGACGACGGUAAAACACCCAUCCACUAUGCAUCCAUGUCAAAGUGUAACCUGUCCAAUCACCUGGUGACCAUUCUACUAAACGAUGGAUCGUCUCAUAAUGCCCGUGACAGACGCUGCUACACGCCAAUCCACUGCGCUUCCCAAUCAGGUAACAUUGAGGUGGUCAAGACACUAAUCGAUGGAGGAUCUGAUGUUAAUAGUCGGGCUUAUGCUGGUUAUACACCUCUUCAUGUUACGGCAAUCCAUGGCCAUGAGAAAGUAGCUAUCUCUCUGUUAAAUCACGGUGCCGACGUCACCCUGGUGGACGACAGUGGCCUGACACCUGUUGAGGUAGCCAAGAACAAGAAAGUCAAGACAACUUUGCGGGAAGCUUGGGUUGAGGCAACGCAGCAAAAAGUUGAGAAAGUCGUUCUGAAACCGGUGAGACCGCCGACGAGGGAGUCUUCCAGGAUGUCGUUUGAUGAAGCAAUGUGGCAAGACUGUUCAAGCCCGAGAUGUGAUAGGAAAGGAGAGGUCAUAUUCGAGGGAAUGGACAGUAGUCAGUUUCCAAGUCAGAAGAAUGGUAGUCCGUCAGCUACCAGACGACCAAGUGUUGGACAGCGCCAAAUGACAAAUGCAGAGAAAGCCAACAAAGCUGAAGAGAAAAUGCUGCGUGAAAAAGAGAAUGGGCGAUUCACGCCAGCCUCCCUAUCCAAAUCCCAGGGUCUUCUUACAUUCCCACAACCUGGGACCCAGUCUGCUAACCCUCCGAAGACUCCUGAUCGAAACCUUGCCCCAAUCAGACCAAAGACGAAGAGCACGGCCAAACGUCAGUCAUCGUUACCGGGAGGUGUUAUAGGAGGGGAGGAUCGAGAGGAACCUACAACACCGAUACCUCUACCAAGGAUCUCUUCAAGGAAAUCCUAUCCCGAUAUCACCCAGCCACCAAAGCAGGGACAAGAGUACCCCAUCCCUAUCACUGUGGUCAGUUUUGACCCUGAGGGUCAGAAUGGUCAGUUCCUGGAGAAACGCCACCAACCUGAUAUCAAUCCAUCUGGCAACGAUUUGAGUCCAUCUAUGGAUGACUGCAUUUUUAAAGGUCGGUCAUCGUCAAAGACGUAUAUCGAAGAUUUGGAAGAUGCCAGUGUUUUUUCACCACCUCCACGUUUGAUGCCACUGACACCCUCGUCCUCUGACCGUGGAAGGGUCAACAUCCCAGAUACAAUCACGGAGAGUGAUCAGAGUUAUAGAGAGGGAAAGGUCUUUACUUUCGACACAGCAAAACUAUCCACAGAACCCCCUAUAAGAAUGGCAACAGCAUCGCGGGGUCAGAAUGUGCCUUCCUCGACGUUUGUCACCAAGCAAGCUAGCAUGGACGAGUCCAGUGGCAGCUCAGUCAAGUUAGCUUGCAAUGAUGCCAAGGAGCUGGUCCGUGGCAAGUCGAUCUAUAAGGACAGGUUUAACAUUGAGGACAGUCGGCUGCCGAAGAAUGCCGAAAUAUCACCGGAUACGUCUACGAGUUUUAGCUCCUUGUCUUCUCCAUCUUCUCAUUCAGAGGGAAAUAAAUCCGACACAGGCGGUCGGAGAAGUUCUAAGAAAGAUGAGAAGACAAAACCUCAGGGUGGUGCUGUGAAGUCAAGUGCGGGUGCUAAUGUUCAGAGGAAAGAUAGCGAGGGGUCAGCUAUGGCAAAAUUACGGCAGGCAGCCAAGGAUAAUGCAGCUCAUCCACAAGAGAGUAAUAAAUGCUCACCAGACCUUGGAGUGAAUGAGAAGAAAGUUGAUAAGAUCACUGUGCAUUCUGAUUUGCUGGGGAAGGUCUAUGAGGAAGCGGGGACUCAAGUGGAGAGGGGGAAAACUGUUGGUGCUUCAAACGGGAGAGGAUCUGGAAAGUCAGAAAGUACGAGUAGUACUAAAGUGACAGUGAUAAAUAUAGGAGAGAGUAAGAACACAAAAAAGAGUCAAAGUGAUAUAUUGAGUAGUAAGACUAGUGGUCAGGUUAAGGAAUGUGCUACAAAGUUGGAUCAGAACAGUUCGGGUGCUAAGCCAAAGGAAACACAAACUGUGCUGCCCAAUUCUGUGGCGUCGCAGAAGACUGAAACAAGAUCAAGUGAGAGUGUGGUGAGUUCUCAAGCUAAGGCAGUUGAUAGUGCUAGGAAUCCAAAGACUGUGCAGACUGAUAAAAAAAGUGCUACUGAACCUGUCAGAGCGGGCGGAAACAUCAAUUCUGUUGAAAAGAAAACAAGCCCCCGUUCGAAUCCCCCUGUCUCAAGCUCCAGUAACACACCAAAACAAGCUCCGAUCAGGAAAACUUCAAAAGGAGCCGUUGUUGUAAUCAGCAGAGCUAAUACAAACACAAACGUGAAUGAGGCAAAGGCAGUGCCUUCAAAACAGACUCAGGAGCAGAAGACCCUGGCGUCUGCUCCUGUGAAAACGCCUGGCACAGCUGUAAACAAACCCGACUCUAGUGACAAAGCUCUUGAGAAAACAGCAGGAAGAGAGAAAAGCAAUGAAAGAAAAACAGUUGUAGUUAUAAAGAGAGCUAGCACAAAGGAUGAUCUUUCAGCAAAGAAUUCCAAAAUUUCACCUCGGAGUAAAAGUGACAAUCCUCGACAGACUGAUGCAAAGCAAGCAGUUGUUAGCAAACCUGAUAGUAAAACUGCAGAUAUUGUUAACAAAACAGGUUCUAAUGAUAAGAGCGUUUCAAAAGAAACAGAGCUGAAAUCUAGUGGAAACAAGACUGAUGUUCCUGCAUCCAGUAACACCAAGAAAACUCCUCCCCCUCGGCCCAGUCAGCCUCCAUCAAUUACUCCACAUUAUGCAGUUGUUCAGCCAAAACCUCAGGUAGGCCAAAAAGAAACCAGACCAGCUGGACAAAACAACAAUGGAAAAAGCACACCAGGACCAUCACCAAGCAUGAAGCAGAGUCCAGCGACAUUGAAUAAACCACAAACAGAGAAGAGUAUAGUUGGUCAGUCAUCCCAGGGGAAAGUCCCUCAGCCUUCCAAAAGUUUGGCAACACCUGCCCAGGCUAAAGCUGUUACUGUUGUGCCUCAGCCGGCCAAGAGUCAAGCAGAACCUAGUGUAUCACGUGCCAAGAACACUGUCCUGGUGACAAAUAAAAAUUCAGUGGAUUCAACUUCAAGGCUUUCAAAGAUUAAGUCUGCAGCUAACAAAAGCCUAGUUGUGUCCAAGUCCGUGGAUGGUGAUGUCGUUUUGGCACCGAGAGCCAGUGAAAUGCUGCGUGAGGUCAGUAAAGCUGUUGCUUCAAGGUUGGAAAGAGCGAUUGUGAACAAUGGGCCAGAUUCUACUUCAAAGGCUAAGGAAGGUUUGAAGUCUCCGAGCAAAUCUGCUGUUGGUGAGGAUCAAGCAACAAGGUUGCCAACAGCUGUAGCUGUUGUUGGAAGUGAGGAUAUGAAAUCGCCAAGCAAAUCAUCCUUGAAUUCCUCACAAAAUAAUGGUAACAAAUCAGUUUCUAUUGUGGUCAGAAACGAGAAAGACAAAGCUCCAUCUGUGGGAGAUGAAAACAAGCCUGAAGCGGUUGUCAAGGUUACGAUAACUCAAUCUGAAGAGAAGAAGCCUCUAGAACAGACUCCAUACAUUCGCGAUGUUUUUGAACAUUUCCAAAAUCCAUUCAUAAACAAGGAAACUUCAAAAUUAUCGGCAAAACGUGAACCAUCCAAAGUUUCGCGAGGCACUUCAAAAGUUGGCACGAGUCGUCUACCUUCUGCCACCAACAAACCUGGGAGGAGUGCACGUGGCGGACGCAAUGACACAAAAUCUGCUGGUAAGAAGACCAAGUCUGAUCUGAGUGUCAGGGGUGUGGGGACACCUGGCAACAGUCAAGGUCAGAAAGGUCAAAGUCAACCGAGAAGUGGAAAGGGAAAACGUAAAGGUCGCAAGAAGAAGAAGAAAGAUGAGAGACCAGAGCUCGGCGAGCGUGACCUGACGAAGACCGCAUUUAUCUCGGGUAUUGGCUGGCAUGUUGCAGCCGACUGUAAUGAGAAUCUUGAUGUUGAGGCCGUUGGUAUGGUGGACUCUGACUCAGAUAGUGAUAUUGACAAGAGUGAAUCACCCACGACCGCCGUGGAUGGCAAUAGUAACUUUCUAAAAGUUGAUGUCGAUGAUGAUAUUGAUGAGCCAUCAUCGUUUGAGGAACUCGUCCAGGAUGAAGUUCAUUUCGAUAGUGCUGAUACUGACAGUUCUAAAUUUAGUUCAUUCGGUAGCGGUAGUGAUAAAGUAGAACAUCCUGCUUUGGCAAAAACUAUUAGGGCUAUUGAGGAGUUUAAUGCUAAGGUCAACGACGAUGAGCUUGACAAGAUGUUGGGUGACAAUAAAACGUCUUCUGGAGUUGCUGAAUCCCAGAAUGUUAUUGACAAUGAUAGGCAGCGUAAUAGUUCAGUACCAAUGGUUAAAGCUUGUGUUUCGAGGACAGAAGGUCUGCAGGAACCAACGAAAGAGCAAGCGAUUGAAAAUCAGGUCAGUGAAGAGAAUGAGAAGAAAGGUACUGGUUCAAAGGAAGGAAGGGAUGAGCUUUCCUGUGAGAAGACUGAAAGACUAAGCAGUGCUGAGAGAAAGGAGAAGAAGUUUGGGCGGUCGUACAGUGUGCGAGUGAAGGGGACGGAUAGGCCGCGAUCGAGUGAACGACCGUUGAAGCGAUCCAACACUCUAGCUGGGAAAGAACGCAAGCACCUGGAGCGGGAAGUGAUGGAGAGUAAAGAUAUCAAUUCUAUCAUUGAUGAGAUUCUGACAAUAACAUCCGACCAUUCCACACUGAAUGACUCCAUUACGAACUCACUGCGGCGGAAAAAUAGUUUGACGAGGUUAGCCAAGGAGGCCGAGACAAAACAAGAAGAAGUAGGGCAUUUAACACAUUUGAAUAAGGUUGGUGUGAAUCCAGAAGAGGUCGUGAAAAGGCUUGAAAAUGUCAAGAAAGAUGGACAUGAUUACGAUGACAGGAGCUCGCUCCAUGACGACUAUAUCACUUUGCCAGAAAUGCUGAAAAUCUUCCAUGCUAAUAACGCGGCUGAAAUGGAAGAAAAGAUGAAUGUCUUGAGUCAAGAACAAGGUGACGAGCGUCAUGUCAACCCUGUUCUUCCUGAUGUUGUUGUGGAGGUUCCUUCGACGACGACUCCAAAGCACAGUCGGAAACCUUCGAAGCAGGAAUUAGAAAACUUGCACGUCUUCAACAAGUCAAUGGAGGAGAAGCCUCCGAUUCCUGAUCGGCCAAAGUCUUCAGCAGGAAAGUCACCGAGGUCAAUCAAGCCGAGGAAGCAGAAACGUGUCUACCAGGAAAUGAAGAGCAGGGAGAUGUAUAAUUCAAAGGAAAGUCUUGCCUCAGGUUCGACAUUCCUGGCCUCUGAGUUUGGGUCUGACCAGUUCAGCUUGCCAUGUAGUGAAGGUAGCACACUCACAGAAGAGGAUCAUGAACUUGUCGAUUCUAGGACGAUACGUAGUCAGCUAGGACGUCGUAGCGCUGCUUCCCAGGCCGGUAGUACUUGUACCAAUGAUAGCGUACAUUCUGAAGAUGUCAUUUGCUGGAAGAAGGGAAAUAUGCUGGGUCGUGGAGCUUAUGGAACCGUAUGGUGUGGUUUGACUGACAGCGGUGGCCUGAUUGCUGUGAAGCAGAUCGAGAUGAACACAGUCGAUAUGGAGAAGGCUGAGCGGGAGUAUGAGAAGAUACAGGAAGAAGUGGAUAUGUUGAAGGUGCUCAGACACAAGAAUAUUGUGGGGUUCUAUGGUACAAGUUUAGAGGACCACACUGUCCAGAUCUUCAUGGAAUACGUCCCUGGUGGAUCAAUAGCCAAUCUGCUGGCCAGAUUUGGUGCCUUUGAGGAGGCUGUCUUCAGCAUCUAUACAAAACAGGUCUUGGAAGGAGUUGAAUAUAUUCACAGCAAAGGUGUCAUACACAGGGACAUAAAAGGAGGCAACGUCAUGCUGACCCAGGACGGCAUCAUCAAGCUGAUAGACUUUGGUUGUGCCAAGCGCUUGUGUAUGAACUCUAGUCUGAGUCAAGGUCAGCUGCUCAAGUCGAUGAGGGGGACACCUUACUGGAUGGCUCCGGAAGUUGUGGCUGAAACGGGCCAUGGGAAGAGGUCAGAUAUUUGGAGUGUCGGUUGUACUGUCUUUGAAAUGGCCACGAGGAAACCCCCAUGGGCUGACAUGAACCCGAUGGCAGCCAUCUUUGCUAUAGGAUCAGAUCGACCAGUACCACAGCUGGAUAACUCUUUCACACCGCACGCUAGACAAUUUGUCAACUGUUGUUUACAAAGGAAAGUUGAGGAUCGACUGCAAGCUUCCGAGCUACUUCUCCAUCCUUUCAUUGCCAAUAGUUCCAAGAGGAUCAAACGCCGGAACACAACGUCUGCUCACGGAUCAUCUGCCAUUUGGAGCAACCAGAGAUAACUUCCGACUCUCAAGAUAGGAAACAGACCUUUGAGAGGACUCCCCUGAGCUUCUCUCAGUCUUGCAGAACCUGACACUUCAAAGUUAGAAAAAGUUGUUUUUGAAGUGAGCAUUUACUUUCACAAUGAACUCAGUGAGCUAAGAUGAUGUCCCGACUUUGUAAAGUGGGUGGGAUAGUUUCUGUGAAACGGAACCCUAUUGUAUGUAUAAGAAUUGUAUAAACCUAGUGCCCUGUUCCAAUCAAGUAGGCUCUAGACACUGUACAUUUUGUACAGCACUUUUAGUAAAAUGUGACUCGCUCUACCAAAACUAGGCGCUUGUUGCAUCUGAACUCGACAGGUUGAUACGGACUUGUUGUUCAUUUCC